ACAAGAACUGGAUCUGGCAAGUCAAGGGUUUGUGAAAGACCACAUCUCCGUGGCGUGAGGUCGUCAUAUCCUAAUUAUUCUGUUCUCCUGAUGCGCAAAAAAACUGCAUCAAACCAUUUUGUAAGUGUUUGACUCACUUUGAAGACACAAUAUGAUCUUCAUUUCUGCUGAGAAACGACCGUUUGUUUAUUUGUCAAUAGGUCUACUGAGUCUGUCGCUGCUUACAGAAUGUGAGAAAAUCAGGCUGGUGGGGCCUUCACGUUGCUCCGGGAGAGUGGAGGUCUACCACAGGGACAGCUGGGGAACGGUGUGUGAUGACCACUGGAGCAUUGCCAACGCUGACGUGGUGUGUCGAGAGUUAAACUGCGGGACAGUUCUUGAGGCCAAAAAAGGAGCCUUUUUCGGAGAGGGAAAGGAGGAGAUCUGGUUGGAUGAUGUGCAGUGCGCUGGUCAUGAGUCAUCCAUCCUCAAGUGCACGCACAGGCCGCUCGGGGAAAAUAACUGUGGCCAUGGUGAAGAUGCUGGUGUUAUCUGUUCAGAGCACGUGAAGGUGAUCAACGGAAGCAAUCGCUGUAACGGCAGAGUGGAAGUCUUCCAUGAAGACCACUGGAAACGAAUAUGCAGCAGCGACUGGGGCAAGAAAGAAGCUAACGUGUUGUGCCGAGAGAUUAACUGUGGGACCCCCGUCUCUCAGGCCGAGGUGCUGAAUUUCGGACAGGCACGCGACCUGGUCGGAGUUAAAACCAACUGUUCUGGAAACGAGACCUCUAUCUCGCAGUGCAGACUUCAAGAGUUCAAGGAAAGCUGUAUUGACGCUACUGUUGUCUGUUCAAACAGUAAACCAAUUCGGCUGAUGAAUGGGACGAAUCGGUGCUCUGGUCGAGUGGAGGUCUACCAUGAUGGACAGUGGGGGACAAUUUGCGAUGACAGAUGGGGCAUGCAGGAAGCAACUGUGGCAUGCCGAGAGAUGAACUGCGGGACUGCUCUCGCCGUCAGGUACAAGGCCUUCUUCGGCAGAGGUCGGGAUCAGGUCUGGCUGGAUGACGUUGAGUGCACUGGUCACGAGAAAACCCUCGCUGACUGUCCGCACAGAGGGUUUGGAGAACAUGACUGUGACCACAAUGAAGAUGCUGGUGUUGUAUGCUCAGACUCAGUCAGAUUGUACAACGGGACUGACCGCUGCUCCGGCAGAGUGGAGAUCUUCCGCGAUGGCCGAUGGGGGAAAGUCUGUAACAAUAACUGGGGCAGCACAGAGGCCGCACUGGUGUGUAAGGGAUUUGGUUGUGGACCUCCAAAAAAAACCCAAGACAGCUUCCUGUUUGGCGACAGCGAACUGAGAGGGUAUAUAAGCAGAUGCUCCGGCAAUGUGAGCUCCAUCUCCGAGUGCGCGAUUGAAGAAAGCAUCGGGAGAUGCGAAGGUGUUUCUCUUACGUGUGCAGCCGUGCCACCACUAAGGCUCGUCAAUGGCACUGACCGGUGCUCCGGUAGAGUGGAGGUUCUGCAUGACGGCCUGUGGGGAACGGUGUGUGACGAUGAGUGGGACAUCAGGGAUGCUCAGGUGGUGUGCAGAGCCAUGGACUGUGGCACGGCUCAGACAGCCAAAUCUAGUGCCUUCUUCGGUCAAGGCCAUGGAGACAUCUGGCUGGAUGACGUUGGCUGUUUCGGUAACGAGACGUCCCUUUUACACUGCCAGCAUCCCAGCCUUGGAGAAAACAACUGUGGCCAUGGCGAAGAUGCCGGUGUGGUGUGCUCAGCUUCCAUUAGACUCAUUAAUGGGACGAACCAGUGCUCUGGCAGGGUGGAGUUUCACCAUGGUGACCAAUGGUCAACUGCGUAUAAUAAUAACUGGGGAAUGAAUGAAGCUACAGUGGUUUGCAGAGAGAUGAACUGUGGAGAUCCUGUCAAGUUCUCGGGAUCAUUUGGUCAAAGCGGAGACCUGACAGGGUACACGGUCAGUUGCAGGGGUACAGAGAGCUCUAUCACACAGUGCACACUCAGACAAUAUACCAGGACCAGCCACGACCGUAUUGAAGAGGCAGCUGUCGAAUGUUCAGGCAACGUGAAGUUGGCCGGUGGGCCCACUCGCUGCGUUGGACGAGUGGAGUACUAUGACAAAGGCCAGUGGAGGACUGUGUGCGGUGAGACCUGGGAUGUGAACGAUGCGACGGUGGUGUGCAGACAGCUGGACUGCGGGAGGGCUCAUAAGAUUACCAGUAUGGAUGAGUAUGGCCUGGGCAUAGGACAGACCUGGAUUGAUGAAAUUGAAUGCCAUGGAGGGGAGUCGACGCUGGCUCAGUGCCCACAAAGGCCAUUCAGUGACAAAACUUGCAACGUCACAUCAGUUGCUGGCGUGAUCUGCACAGGAAGUUUGGAAGUCCGGCUGGCAGGUAGUAAGGAUGAGUGCUCCGGAAGGGUAGAGGUCCGUCACGGCGAUGUGUGGCAGACGGUGUGUGACACAGACUGGACCCUGAGUAAAGCUGAGGUGGUGUGUGAGCAGCUGGAAUGCGGACAUGCCCUGAGAGCUCCAGGCGCUGCCCAUUUCGGCCAGGGCAGUGGACCAGUAGUGGAGGCUGGUGAUUCGUGCUUUGACAAUGUGACAUCUCUGAAGCAGUGCUCCCUAAAGGGUUUCCGGAGCUCAAGCUGUGGGCAUGAACAUGAUGCGGGCACUCUCUGUGCAGCACAACUUCGGCUAGUCAGCGGCUCAGGUCAGUGCUCUGGAAGAGUGGAGGUCUUCUAUAAAAGCCAGUGGGGAACUGUGUGCGAUGAUGAAUGGGAAAUGACCAACGCCGAUGUGGUAUGUAGACAGCUCGGCUGCGGUCAUGCGGUUUCCGCUCCUGGGAGUGCACACUUUGGUAGAGGCAGCGGUCCAAUAUGGCUGGAUAACGUGGAGUGUACGGGCCAAGAGAGUGCUCUCACACACUGCACGCAUCCCGGUUUUGGAGAGAAUAACUGCGGGCACGGUGAAGACGCUGGCGUUAUCUGUUUAGGUGCUCUCGAGAAGCCCCAGAUCACUUUGAGUCCUGCUCCAGAGGUAAACUGGGGCGACAAAGUUGAAAUCACCUGUACUGUAGUAACAGAGCACUUGGGCGGGACGUUCACUCUGAAAAAGAGCCAAGGAUCGUUUAAAAUAGAAAAGUACUCCGAACACGAAGCCGCAACCUUUACCUUCCCUGCAGUGGACUUCAGCCAGAAGGGCUCAUACUUCUGUGAAUAUCAAAAGAAACUGCCCGAUCAAGUCAUCUAUUAUCCUCAAGGAAACACCGCUGACCUCUCAGUCAUAGUGAAACUGGAGAAGCCCACCAUCUCGCUGUCGUCGCCUCACGCCAUGGUGGUCUACAGCCCGGACCAAAUAUCGGUCAACCAAGGCAGCAGCUUCUCCGUCACCUGCUCUACGUAUUCCAGAUAUCCUGGAGGUCUGUUCUACCUCACGAAGGCAAACACGACCGUCACCGAAGUGAAGCCAUCAUUCGGCCACUCCGUCUUCUACAUGGCAGCCUUUGAAUUCCCUGCAAUAGAUUACAAACAAGAAGGAGACUAUACCUGCGUCUACGGCCUUAACAUCUCCUCUCAGCCCUUCUGCUCUGUUCCCUCCAAGUCACUCCAAAUCACUGUAGUCGCCGCCGCGUCCUCUUCAGUCGUCUCAGGAGUUCUGGGAGGGCUGGCGGUGUUGCUGCUCAUACUGGUUAUAGCUUACUUUGUCUGGAGACGGAGAGGCUGGGGUGCUGGUACCCUGGUUCAAUUCAGCAACAAGAUUGGAGGAGCAGUAACACACGAUGCAGACGACAGAAGCAAUAGAACAUUCGAUGGCAGAGACCACAAUACCCAAACCAAUGAGCAUGGGCACAGUCGCGGCCUGGAAGACAAGAAGGCUGAUGCCGAUGGUGACAACUCUGUUGAGAGGGUGCCUGAGGACCUGGCUGGGAGAGUGUGUUAUGAGCUUGAACCGCUUGUUCUCUCGUGAAGAUGUGGCACAAAUAAGCCUUGCUUUGGUUUUGAGGGCAGUUGUUCCUGAGGGUUGAUAUUAGUUGAGAUGGUUCUUUUUAUUUCUACUGUGUGUUUGUAUGUGUUCAUUAAGAGGAAUGUUUCAAAUUUAUUGAGAAACGAGGGGUACAGUGUUUUCAUUAUCGGUGACGAUGUGAUUCAGCAGCACCUGUGGAUCGCCAGUAGGUGUCAGUAUGGCUACACGAGUGAGUGUAGAGGAAGCGCGACAGGAAAAUCUCGUUAUCGUAUCUGAUAGCGAGAGUAUCUGUGGUGAAAUCGAAUACUGACAACGCUGUGUGGAAAUUGUAACAAGGAAUGAAUAUAUUUUGUAUGUUACAGGUAAGCUGAUGAUGAUAUAAUGUGCUCACGGGCAAGGGUAAUGUGGACACUGUACCUGUGUUUCACUGUUCUCAGUUUUGUUGAUUAAUUAGGAUAUCGUUGUUGAUGUUAGCAUGUUAGCGGCUAAUGUGGUAGACGGAGCGUGGGGCGGCCACCAGCAAUGAGCCCUCGUGUGAGGGAGCCCACGCCACCGAUGUUUAGAUGUUACAUGACCGCUAAAUAAGAAAUAUGGCGUUGCCUGAUGAAAAUUAGGUUGAUGGGUCAAUGGAAAAGAUGUCAGGACAAGAAAAAAUCUCGUUAUCGUAUCUGAUAGCGAGAGUAUCUGUGGUCAAAUCGAAUACUGACAACGCUGUGUGGAAAUUGUAACAAGGAAUGAAUAUAUUUUGUAUGUUACAGAAAUUCAUAUUAAAUAUGUGG